AUGUCCCAAAAUGCCUUCAAAAGAAAUAUUCCUCUCUGUUUGGGUGGCAUGAUGUAUUUAGCAAAAUUGGACGUGUCCCACAAUCAGUUUUUUGGAGGAAUACCUAAAGAAUUGGGCAUGAGUCGUUCAUUAGAGUUGCUUAAACUUUCAAAUAACAAUUUGAAUGGAAAAAUGUUUCCAGCAAUAUAUCUGGAUGGCAACAACGUUGAUGGAGAGAUAUCUCAUUUUUCAUCCAUUAGCUCUUCAGUGCUUCAAACUUUAGAUUUAAGUGACAACCAGUUAUCUGGGAAGCUCCCAAUAUGGUUGUGGAAUUAUACAAGUUUGAGGCUACUGGCUUUGGCCAACAAUCAAUUCGAGGGUCCUGUUCCCAUUGAAUUAUGCAAUCUGGUGAAUCUUGGAUUCUUGGAUCUUUCUCAAAAUCGUCUGUCUGGUACAAUACCAUCUUGCUCCAAUCUACAGAAUAUAAAGCAUGUGCAUCUCAACAGCAAUAAACUGAGUGGACCACUCUCACCUGCCUUUUAUAGAAGCUCUUCAUUAGUAACAUUAGAUCUAAGCGAAAACAACUUCACCGGGAAAAUUCCAGAUCGGAUCGAUACACUACCGGCUCUGAGUGUCCUCCUUCUAAAAGCAAAUCAGUUCCAUGAUGAAUUUCCUAUGCACUUAUGCAAAUUGAACUCAUUAAGCAUCGUCGACCUUUCUCAGAAUAAACUUUCUGGGCCAAUACCUUCUUGUUUGAGUAAUUUAACUCUUGAGCAAUGGUUUGAAAAGUCCGAUGUAAACAAUGACUUUUCUGUGAUUUCAUUUGACACAAUAUUGGCAAUUGCAUCCACGAGAAUGAAAAUAUAUGAUCUCCUAACAAAUAAAGACGUAUAUCCUGCAGACGGGGCCUCUCCCAGACAGGAAAGGACAAUUUGGGACAUUCGACGGGAGCAGUUACGAGGGAAACCCUCUUCUUGUGGACCUCCUUUGAAAAACAGUUGUGGUGAAGGUGAUUCGCUAGAAACUUCAAGUGCUUCUUCUGCUGAAGAUGAAGUACAUAGUUUUAUAGACAUGGGCGAUUUCUACAUCAGCUUUGGGGUUUCCUAUGCAAUUAUAUUGCUGGCAACUGGCAUUGUUGCCCUUCUUCAGAAGAAACAUAUAGCCCUGUGUAUCUUUCAUGGUUCUGGAGCACUUCAAGUUCAAGUUCAGAAUGUAUCCUCCUCUUCCUUCUUUUGCCCUGAUAGUUUUUGGUUCAGACAGUUUGUAAGAUGGGAGUGUGUGAUCUCAAUAUCUUAUGUUAGCAAUGUCUUUGAAUUCGGAAAACUAACGCUCGGUAAAAUAACUGUCUGA